CUCAUCUUAAUGCCAAACAUUAGAGCUUAAACAGCUAACCACGCGAUGAUCAGCACCUAGAGUUAGGUUGGAUCUCUACUCCCCAUCUAUUGUCUUGAUGUCUACCAACCUGAGCUCAAGCUAACAUUAUGUUAACCAUGGUUAACAAAAUUCCACAACCAUGGUCAACCAAACUAACUAAAACGGCACGGCCAACUCAGCCAUAUAAAACCAAACACCCUUCACUUAAUGCCAUUGUCUCCUCCCUGAACACAAACGAACGGCAGCAAGAGCUGUGCAUGCACGGGCGCGCGCCAUGAACGGCAGCAAGUUCAGGAAGAAGAAGAGCACGCCGCUGCUGGGCAAGUACGAGCUGGGCGCCCUGCUUGGCCGCGGCACGUUCGCCAAGGUCUACCUCGCGCACGCGGUGGCAGACGGCGCGCCGGUGGCCGUGAAGGUGAUUGACAAGGAGGCAGCGGCGGCGGCGAUGGCCGGCGGCACGGCGGCCGUGGCGGCGGUGCUCCGGGAGGUGUCAGCCAUGCGGCGGCUGCGGCACCACCCGGGCGUGCUCCGCCUCCACGAGGUGCUCGCCUCGCGUGCCAGGAUCUACCUCGUCAUGGAGCUCGCCACCGGCGGCGAUCUCCUCUCCUGGCUCGCCGCCACGCUCCCUCGCCGCUGCGGAGGCCGACUCCCAGAGCACGCAGUGCGGCGGGUGUUCGUGCAGCUCGUGGCGGCCCUGGCGCACUGCCAUGCUCGUGGGGUCGCGCACCGUGACGUCAAGCCGCAGAACAUCCUCCUCGACGGCGACGGCAACGUCAAGCUCGCUGACUUUGGCUUCGCCGCGCUUGACGUCGUCCCGGACUCCGGCGGCCUCCUCCAGACUGCUUGCGGCACGCCGGCGUACGCGGCGCCGGAGGUGAUCCUUCGCCGGCGUGGGGGCUACGACGGCGCCAAGGCCGACGCGUGGUCCUGCGGCGUGGUCCUCUUUGUGCUCCUCGCCGGUCGCCUGCCGUUCGACGACGCCAACGUCCCCGACAUGUGCCGGAAGGCACGCCGCCGGGAGUACCGCGAGCUCCCUCCAUGGGUGUCACCACCGGCGCGCCGCCUCGUGCACCGCCUGCUUGACCCGAACCCGGCCACCCGCGUCGCUGUCGAGGUUCUGGUGGCCACGCACCCGUGGUUCAAGCCGCGCUCCCUCAGCCUCGACAACUCGCAGCUCGGCGGCGGCUGCGGCCAGCCGGAACCGGAAUGCGCGCCGGCAUCGAAGCUGAACGCGUUCGACAUCAUCUCGAUGUCGCCGGGGCUCGACCUGUCCGGGCUAUUUAGGGGGAGCAGCCGGAGCAGCAGAGAGAGGCGGUUCACGACGACGGCCUCGCCUGAGCGAACGAUGGAGCAGCUUUGCAGUGCCAGUGGGAAGCUCAGGUAUGCCGUCAUGGUGGUGGGGAAGAAAGAAGUGGAUCCGUGCCUUAAUCCUCUGUCGAAGGCCGGCAUGGCGAUGUCGGUGGAGAUGUCGGAGCUGGCGCCGCCGCUGAUGCUCGUGGAAAUGCGGCUGGAGAUGGACGACGGGGAGAGAGAGGAUGGAGAAGGGUUUGGGUGGGAGGAGUUGAGGCUGGAGCUAGGGGACGUAGUUAGGUCUUGGCAUAGCUCCGACUCUGAAGACCUGCAACAAGUUUAAUUAAUUAGAACAUACUCUUUUGCAGCUUUUUAUAUGGAUAUGUAAAAAUGUGUUUUUGAUCAGCAACUGUCUGAAUGUUAGCUUGUAUGCUUACAGGCUCCUUCCAUCGCGAAUAAUUAAUCAGAAUUUAAUCAAUAA